AUGAACUUCAAUCCCCCACAAUCGACGACGCAGAACGCCAAUAUAUCUAGUCCCAACCAGACGUCUGGCGCACGGCUGGUGAGAACACAGCCGUCAGCCUGGGGCCAGCCUGCCCCAGGUGCUUCAACUCGGCGUGGCCUCACCCCUCUCUCAACAGGCCUUGAAUCCUCUGCCACUGAGCCUGGUCGUGGGAAGAACACAUCUUCGCCCUCACCAUUCACUUCUACAUUCUCGUCUGUUGUCAACUCUUCAACACAUAAAAACGGUAGCCGCAGCAGUCACUCGUCCUCCUUCUCGACAUCACCCUUUCCAAGCAUUCAAGCUGGAUCUCAACAAGGGCAACCUACACACUCUCUUCUCUCACCACGUUCAAGAGCCAUCACGCCAGCAUCAAACCCACAAUCGGCGUCCUCCGCCGCGGCUUCGACCCCCGCGUCUCAAGUAGGAGGAGGCGCAAGUAGUGGCGGUGGAGGAGGCUACGCUAGGAGCCAGACAUUCUCUCCUCCCCUGUCGCAAUAUAGCUUGACGUCCCCUACUGCAACUACUUUCGAGCGCUCCUCUUAUUCGGGACCUGCGCCGUCUUCUGCGAACUCAGGACAGUCUUCGGUCUCCAAGAUCGUUGCAACUCAGAUUUUCCUUCUGCUGGGUUCGAUAACUGAGAAAGAGGGCAAAGCGAAGUGGGAAACGCAAGCAGAGGCCAUCAGAAGGCUUGUUGAAGCGAACGGCAUGGAAAAUUUCCCAAAAUACUUCCGCAGAUUAUUAAGUGGGAACUCACCACAGAUCUUUCCAGGUAUCAGUCGCAAUGUCGAGAACCCAGCAAACUACCCUAUCUUAGUACGGGAGGUAGACAAGAUAAUUCAAGACCCUGAACAAGGCACAAGAAUCGCUGAGGCAAUCGAUGGGGCAGAAGGCGAAUUGUUUCGAGAUUUUGAUCUUGAUAUCUUCAUUAGGCACUUCAAGCUCCACACUUACGCCAAAGUAAUAUUGCUCUCCGCAUUUACUCGCGUCACAAAGCAAGAGCUGAAGACUAAAGCAGCUAUACUGCUGAACAACACUGCUGACGACCUUGCGAAAGCCCUUGCAAAUGCUGACAAUGAUGACCCGGAUGUAGAUCCAGUACUUCUGGCGACUUGCGCUCUUAGAUUCCUGCACGAUUCUCCUCAGGGUUCUAUUACGCAACAUGAUUACAACAAAGUCAAGUAUUGCGUCGACCACCGAUAUUCGAAGUUGGAAGUCCAGGCACCAAUGGCGAUCCAAGCUCUUGUAUUCGUCAUGGAACUAGAUCAAACUGAGCAGGGCCUCUACCUUGAGGUCCGAAAAGCUGGACCCGAUUUCACCAAAAGUCUAGAAACAUCAAAAAAAUUUCUCGCGGAACAUGUUGAUUGGAAUCUUGACGAAAGACAAGUGAGCAGUGUUCUGCUCUAUAUGGUAUUAUCUCCGGAUUGGCUACCUCACGAUCCUGCAAACUUUGCUGCAGCUGUUCGGGCGACAUCAGUGCAUCUAGAUUGGCAGGAAAUUAUCCGUGGCUUCGACCGAGCUAAUCUACCAUUCUCCGAGGCGUCUUUUCUCUCAUUGUAUAAUCUUCUUCUCCCUAUCGCUAAGAACGACACCCAGCUCGAUCUUCAAGCACUUUGGCGCGGGCCUUACGAGUCUCAGUAUACACACUUUGCGAUAUUGUCUGCUCUCUACCGCUGCUCGCCUGCAGAAAUCGAUGCAUCAUUAAUACCAAACCUGAGAGCAGCUUACGACCCCACGAGCUCUUUGGAUGGUCCAGAGGGUGUUGAGGCUGUGGCAGAAGUAGCCAAACGAGACAUCACAAUAUCCAUGGAUGCAAUCACUGCCCCGCUUGAUUUGUGCUUCCCAGAUUCAGUGGAACCUGAUGAUCAGCAGCUUCUAAAUUUGGAAGAAAUCAUUGGCGAGAAGAUUGGAUUAUGGUCUUGCUCUGCAUCAGCUAUCGAACCGCCGACGGUGCUCUGUCAACAGCUCAUUCGAAGGUUCCUACAGACCUACUUAUUGAAGAGAGAUCGACCGGAACAUUCGUAUGUUCUUCAUACCGUCUGGAAGCACGAUAAGAAAUCCGUUGCAGGAGCUCUCCUAGAAGCUCACAUUGCAGAUCCUUUAGAACUCACUACAAUGCUCGAUAUUUCCGUAGACUUGGGCUGGUUGGACGAGCUUCUCACGAUGACAACAAGCUUUGGUUUUGACUUAGCUGCGUUAGCUCAUAGGAAUGGGCUCAUACCAUUUCGAGAGUGGGCUGAGCGCAAGAUGGCCACUUCCGACAAAAUACCUUUCAUUAACGCUCUGUCAAAAUUCGGUAUCAUCAAAGCCCAGGAUGAGCUACGCAUUUCUCGUGAUGAGCAAUUGGAGCCGCGCACCGUCAGCCUUGGUAUGCACACAGCAUACGAUAUGCUGGACAUCUUACAUGAGAACAUGCAAGAUGCUGUGGCCUUUAAAAGUAUUCAGAGGACAUUUUUGCAGGCCUAUCCGAGGCUAAUACUACUCUGCGAAGGCAUUGUCGAUGGGCUUGAUGUGGAUUGCAAGCAGAGUAACGCAAUGCCACGAACUGCGGAUGCAGAGAUGCAAGAGCUUUACAAAAGAAUGUACGGCAAGGAGCUGGAUGUCACAGAAGUCAUUAGGUACUUGCAAGAGUGCAAAGCUUCGAACGAUUCUGCUAAGCGAGACUUGUUCGCCUGCAUGAUUCAUGGUCUCUUUGACGAAUACUCUUGUUUCAGCGAGUAUCCGCUGGACCCGCUGUCCAAGACCGCGCUGUUGUUUGGAGGCAUCAUCGAAGUUGGACUUAUCUCGGAUUUGACGCUUCGCGUCGCCCGAGAGAUGGUUUUGGACGCUUUGGGCGAUUAUCCCAAAGACGCAUCAAUGUUCAAAUUUGGACUGCAGGCAUUGCAGACCUUCCGAAGCCGACUUCAGGAGCCUGACUGGGUGGAUUACUGCAAAUCCCUAGCCCAUGUACCUGGUCUUUUUGGUACACUAGUUUAUACAAUGGCUGUCGAUGCCCUCGCCCAGAACGGUGUGCAACUCGAGAAUGGCGAAAUUAAUGGUGCAGAUGGCAUCGUGAACAGCUCUGGGCUGGCUAACACGGACGAGGAAGAGGAUGGCCAUGUGGCUGCUUUCCCAUUUCUCAAGUCUAUCAAUUCCGGGCCUGCGCCUGGCUUCUCUGAGCCAGACGAAGAAAUCAAGGAUAAGGUUGUCUUCUUCUUCAACAAUGUGUCUCAACAAAAUCUCGACUCAAAAUUUGAGCAGCUAAAGAGAGUUCUGCGAGACGACCACUACGGCUGGUUUGCAGACUUCCUCGUUAAUGAAAGGGCCAAAGUAGAACCAAAUUACCAGCCACUGUACCUCGAAGUGCUCUACCUUCUCGACAGUAGCGGUCUUUGGAAUCAAGUGCUUCACGCGACCUACCUGAUCAUCCAGCACCUUAUGAAUGCUGAUACGACAAUUCAAUCUGCCUCGGAACGUAAAAACCUGAAGAGCUUAGCAAUUUGGUUAGGCUCUCUAACGUUAGCUCAAGACAAACCAGUCAAACGUAAGAACAUUGCGUUUCUCGACUUACUUGUUGAGGGCUAUCAGUAUGAGAAGCUCCUACUUGUGAUACCCUUUGUUUGCAAUUUUCUUGCUCAAGGAAAGCAUUCUACGAUCUUCAAGCCCCCAAACCCGUGGGUUCUCGAAAUCCUAGCAGCACUUGUGGAAUUCUACCACCAGGUCAACAUAACCACAAACCAGAAAUUCGAUAUUGAAGUUUUAUGUGACGAGCUUGGCGUAGAUAUCAAAGUGGUUGAACCGUCCAAAAUCUUGAUGGAAAGACCAUACGAUAUCAUCGAUCAGACGAAUUAUAUGCUUCCAGAUGGCAUCAGGACUUUCGAGAAUCUUCCACUUGGCGGUAUCAAUGGGAGUGUACAGAAUCCAAAAUUUGAGGUGGAGGCAAUGCACCUCGAUUUACCAGAUCUCGAACAGCUUUUAAAAUUCCCGCCCCCAAGCGGAAGUACAGCGAACCAGACGAGACUGCGACAAGUAGUUGUUGACGCCGUCACACACGCAAUCUACGAAAUUAUUGGAUCUGUAAUAGAGCGAUCGGUCACCAUUGCUACUAUCGCUACUAGCAAUUUGAUAUCCAAAGACUUUGCCUGCGAAGAGGACGAAGACAGACUUCGGCAUGCCUGUCAUCAAAUGGCAAAACAGCUCUCACAAAACCUCGCCCUUGUCACGUGUAAAGAUCCGCUGAAACAGAGCAUGAGCAACUACAUCCGUAGAACGCAGGUAGACUCCCCAGAGCAAGCAUUCCCAGAAGGAACAAUCUUGAUGUGCGUAAAUGAUAAUCUGGACAUCGCUUGCGAAAUCGUCGAGAACAAGGCUGCAGAUCAAGCCAUUCCUGAAAUUGAAGAACAUGUGCAAAGGGAAUUAGCCGCUCGCAUUCAAUGGAGGAGCGAACACCCUAACGAACCUUACAUAGGUCCUGCGCACAAUCGCUGGAGCACGCAGAUUGCUGAGCCAUAUAAGCAGACGCCUAAUGGACUCAAUCCAGAACAGAUGGCUAUUUACUCGGAAUUUGGUCGACAACCCCGUGGUCCACCAAACCAUGCACAAUCAUCUUCCGCGGACAGCGGUCGGCAAGUACCCGAUAUACUCCAAGAUACCUUUUCCUCAAUGUCACAUCUCUCAGCAGCUACAGAGAAUAUGUCUAUACCUAACCAUGUCAUGCAACAUCAGCAAUAUCAGCCUCAACGUGGGCGCAUGCUGCCCCCACCACUUCCGGCAUCUGUGAUGCAGGUUCAAUCAAAUGGCUACCUUGACCCUGCUAUGGUUGAGGGUCGAGUCAAUGAUCUACUUCGAGAAAUCGACAGCAUCAUGAAGGAAAACGAAGGUCGUUCUGUGGACGACAUUCGCCGUGAGACGUCGCUAUUCGAACUGCUUGAGCAAGUCAAAGAAUUCUGUCUCGCGUAUGACAAAGUCGCUCUAAUGUGUGCUGAAAAACUUUGUAGAGAUCUAUAUGGAGAGAUUGCCCUCGGCCGAACUGCAGCGCAAAUAUAUGUAUAUCUCCUAGCGACGCUCUACCACACAUCCCCAGAGAUAGCCAAAGAGGUCGCUCAGUGGGCGUACUAUCAGAAUGAUGCCAACCUUCUCGCGACGGACGUCACAAUCGAGCUACUGAAGAGUGAGAUCAUGCAAUUUGAUAGAGUAGACGAAUCUCUUGCACUGUUGAUAAAUCGAAAAGAAGACGCUGCGGUCGACGCCUUGUCUCGAAUUAUCAACGAGGUCCUACUUGAUUCUCGACCUGUCGCACUACGUGCAGAUUUUGCGAAAAGCUUCACAGCUAUUGCUGAAUGGUACUUGGUGGAUAAGAGCAUGGACGCAAAAACAGACAUUUGGAGAAAGAUCAACAGCAUUGGGAGCGACGAAGAUGUUGACGGGGUGCUUGAUGGUGCGGAACUCGUGAAACAGAAUCUGGCUCACUACGUAUUCUUGGAAUGGAUUCGUUUAUGCGAGAACAAUCCGGGUGCUGCGAGUGAUAAAGUUCUAACAGCCUUUGUGCUACAGGGACAUGUGCGUCAGUUAACGCAGAAUCCAGAGGUUCUUAUCGUUUUCCUGAGGUUCUGCAUUGACGAGGUCAUAGAGGCUUUUGACAAGGCGCAAAGUCCACGCCCGCAGCCUAUCACGUUCAAUGAUGUCUUCACCAAGGUCGACUCGCUUGCUCGGUUUGCGGUCAUUUUGGUGAAGAGCCAGGGUGACCUGAACGGCUCUGCGAAAACCAACAAAUACGCCGUCAUGGACACUACAUUGUCGCUCAUCACACUGAUCAUGAACCAUCAUCAAGUAACUCGAGGCGAACAUGCGACUCAGCGCAUUUUCUUCCGCUUGCUUUCCAGCAUCCUCUGCUAUUGGCAGGAAUUUUUCCCGGAGAAUUCUGUACAGAGCGACAGAAUGCUUUUGGUCUUUGCUGAACAUUUUCUCAGAAUGGGCCCUCGACAUUUUCCUGGCUUCAUUCAUCAUUGGCUUGCACUCAUCUCGCAUCGAUUCUUCAUGCCAAGUUUGUUGAAGCUCACAGAUGGCCAGGUGAGCAGUCCAAACGGUUCUGAUUCCACGAAAUUUUUAGCUAAAUCUGGACAGGGAUACGACGCAUUCGCCAAGAUAAUGGAACUGGCUUCAUCCUACAUAUCGCACCUUAUGCAGCCCGAGAAAUUUGGAUCCAUGUAUCUGGACUUAUACCGAGGUUUCCUGCGAGUAUUGCUUAUUUUGCACCACGACUUCCCCGAAUUUUUGGCGGAGACACAUUUUCGGCUCUGCAACGCUCUUCCCAGCCACGCUACGCAGCUACUCAACAUUGUGCUUAGUGCCUAUCCGUCUUCUUUCCCCGAGCUUCCAAAUCCUUUCGUCGUAGGCUUGAAGAUUGACCGUCUUGAAGAAGUUCGCAGGUCACCACGGAUUAUUGCCAAUCUGAGUCCCCCACAAAUUACAGACAGGCUCCAGUUCAAUUUAGACGCUGCAAUCAGAAACAUCAAUUCCGAACACGUGGCUCGUGUCAAAGACGCUUUUCUCACCGAUACGAGCGUUGAAACGAAAGUCGAUGCGAAGCUGAUUCAUUGGGCAGUUCUCUAUAUUGCUCAAACUGCUAUCACCGCGGCAUCUCAAAGGGGUGGCUCGAACUUCAUCAGCGAUUCUCCACAGAUAACCCUACUUCAAAAGCUGUGCAGAGAUCUGCGUCCUGAUGCUCGCUAUCAGUUAUUGUGUAGCAUGGUCAACCAGCUCCGUUGGCCCAAUGCCCAUACGCAUUAUUUCGCCUAUGCCCUUCUACAUCUUUUCGGUACAGAGUUCGCCAAUCAUGACGCUUUCGAAACACGAGAGCAGAUUGUCACCAUCUUGCUCGAACGACUUCACGCUGUUUUACCUCAUCCGUGGGGCCUACUCGUUGUCAUGCUAGAACUGCUAAAGAAUCCUGCAUACAACUUUUGGCACCUUCCCAUGGUGAAAGACUCACCGCAGGUGCAAGCCGACACUGCCCUGGUUCCAAUUCGCCCAUUCCUCUCCAAAUCCGCGCAGAAAGCGUAUCUCAGCAUCGGUCUGCUUGCAGCUACAUCCACUCUACUACUCGGGGUAGCCAGCAUAGCUUUCUGGCUUUUCUACUAUGCAUACGUCCCUCAGCCAGGAGUGGAAAGGGUGGUGCACCUCCAAUUCGGAGAUGGCCAUCCAUUCGGCCUGACGAAAUUUCCUUCAGCCCUGGUCUCAAAUCAAGCUUACGAUAUCUCCCUGCACUUCCAUCUACCCCGCAGCCCCACGAACCUUCGCGCAGGCAACUUCAUGCUUUCCCUCUCACUGCUGCCCUCUCCAACAGCCUCAUCAAAUUCAGCGUUACUACCCAUGCUAGACAACCAAAAUAAGACAAUUGCCUACUCCCGCCGUCCCGCAACGCUCACAUACGUCUCCCAAAUCACAAGUACUGCAAGCACGCUCUCCUUCCUCCCUCUCUACGUCUUCGGCUUUAGCAAGGAAAGCGAGAGCCUCAGAGUUCCCAUGUUCGAGGCUGUCGAGUUUCCCAAAGGCGUGGGCAACGUACCUCAAGCAGCAUCAGUAUCUCUGGAAGCAGACGAGAAGAUGCAAAUCUACUCCGUCGAAGUAGUCAUCAUUGCAAGAUUGAGUGGUUUACGGUGGAUACUUUACAAUCACCGGAUCUUGAGCUUUUUGGUCUUCGCGAGUGGCUUCUGGAUGGCUAGUAUGUUUUCAAUGAGCGUGGCAUGGCUUGGCUUGUCCCUCUACAUGGAUGCUGAAACCAGUGGUGGUGGGGCAAGAGAGAAGAAAUCGAUCAAGAAUGAAGAAGAAACGACGCCCGAAUCGGAGACGUUCAAGGCACUGGACGAAUCAUCAGAGACGCAUAGGACGUUCCCUACGCUAGGCAGGCAGAAACCGCUGAGAUACCCGCCAAGUGAUGGCCCGAUAUCGGCGGUAGGCAUCAAGAGAGAAGAGGACGAAGCGGCUUUGAAGACUGUGGGCAAGCCGCUACAAGUUACUGCCGCUGGGGCAGACGACGAGGAUGAUUUUGAAGACGCAGCAGCAGAGCAGCGCGUGGAGAGAUUCGGGCAUUGGGACUGGGUUGGAAGAGGAUAG